ACCUCGGCGCCUCUCAGUGGACACCGGCGCUCCGGAUAGCAAGGAGAAGAGGUCGGGCCAGGGUCCGCGCUUACAAGGUCCGCCGGCGUGGGAUGGUGGCCCGCUGGUAGCUGCCGCUGGCAACGGACGCCGAGGGCCCACCUCGACAACACCAAGUGUCGCACGCAAGCCCACGCCACCAGCCAUGGCCCCGCUCGCUAUCUACUUGGUGUGGGCGUGGCUGCUGGCGGCCGCCCCCGCCGCCUCCGAGGUGUGGGUGCGCCUCCCCGACGGCAGCCGGCUGCUGGGCGCCGCCACCUCCACCGCCAGGACGGGGCGGCCGGUGUACGAGUUUCGCGGCGUGCGGUACGCCUCCGCGCCCUCCAGUGAGCGCUUCAAGCACUCGCAGCCGGUGGGUCCCCUGGGCGAGUACAACGCGACGCAGUUCGCACCGCCCUGCCCGCCGGCCUUCAGCUGGUCCAACGACUGGUUCACCGACCCCGACCCAGAAGUUCUCGCCAACCUGCGGCAGCCCGCAGAGGACGAGGACCAAGAGGACUGCCUCUUCCUCAACGUCUUCACGCCCACGCUGGACCCCGGGGCGCGGAUGGCGGUGCUGGUGCACAUCCACGGCGGCUCCUACAUCGCGGGGUCGCCGCUGUUGGCGCGGCCAGGCUUCAUGCUGGAGCACGACCUGCUGCUCGUCACCGUCCAGUACCGCCUCUUCGUGCCAGGCUUCCUGUACGUGGGCACGGACGACGCGCCGGGCAACAUGGGCCUGCUGGACAUGACGACGGCGCUCAGCUGGGUGCAGCAGAACAUCGCCAGCUUCGGCGGCGACCCCGGCCGGGUCACCAUCUCCGGGGGCAGCGCGGGGGCGGCCGCCGUUGAACUGCUCGCCUACAGCCCCGUCGCCUCGCAGCUGUUCCACCAAGUGCUGCCGAUGAGUGGGUCUGCGCACGCGGCGUGGGCCAUGGAGAAGCCCGAGGACGCCAUCAGGGCGGCGAAGAACAUCGCGCGCCUCGCGGGCUGCAACUCGACCAGACCCGAGGAGAUGGUCGGCUGUCUGCGCUCCGUCCCCAUCGCAAAUCUCUCCGAUAUUUACAUGGAACACGCAAUGUCGUUCUGGGACAACGACGUGGACACGCUGGUGGGCGUGACGCCGGUGGUGCAGGACAGGCGGCUGCGCUCCCCCGCCGUGCUGCCAGCCUCGCCGCGGGAGCUGUGCGCGCCCUGGAGCGCCUACCGAGGGCGGCCCAUGAUGGUCGGCGUCACCAAGCACGACGGACACUUCUUCGUGGGCCAUGGCCUUCACGUAUGGAUGAACUCAAAUGUGACGGAGAGAGAGCGGCUAUACCGGAUGCAGUCCUUCCUAAUGGAGAGCCUGAAAACUGAGUACGACCCGGUGAUCGCGGACGCCCUGUACGAGAAGUACUUGAAUGGAUAUAACAGGACCGAGGACAUAUUCAUCGCCCUGACGGACUUCAUCGGUGCGGCUAAAUUUAAAGGUCCCAUGAUAAAGUCAGCCAACUGCAACACAAACCACGGUGGAAGGACGUAUGUGUACACGCUAAAUCAUGUGGGCCGUUUCCCCAAUCAAGCUGUCGAACAUGGUAUGGAUGUGCUGUACCUUUCACCCAGGUCGGACUUCAGGCUGUCUGAAGAAGAUGAAAAGGUUUCGAGGAGGCUCGUUCAUCUGCACGCGAACUUCAUCAUCUAUGGGGACCCGACGCCGAACACGAGCCGGGUGGACGGCGUGUCGCAGUGGCCGCCGUACGAACCCCGGGGCGGUCCCUACCUGCGCGUCGACUGGCCGUUCCGCGUGCAGCGCGACUUCGAGGCGCGCGAGUUCAACGUGACGCGCGCCGAGGGCAUCGGCAGGUCCGGCAGCCGCCGCGCCGGCGCCACCGUCGCCGUGCUCCUGCUGUGCGGGGCGCUGCCGCAGCUCCUCUCGCGGUGACCGACGCAACGCAGCCAAUGGGGCGGCUCUGCUGCCCGCCACCGUAUGCAAGUCUCGCAGCGUCUGGAGACGGAGAUCCACAGCAGCGAGUGUCGUGAAGGCUCAGUCAGCAGUGGCGUCGUGAGGUGUAGUUAACGCCAGGGAGCUCAGUACUAAACUGGAGAGACUACUCCACGAGGAGAUGCCGUUACGCACGACGUCGACGUGGGAUUGCAUCCUUCCACACCUACAAAACCUAUAUCCUACCUAUGCCAAUGUUGCACAGAUGUCCACUCUACCAAAGCUCUGUCACUCCAUCCAAAUAAUUAAACACGACGGACUCCACCUCACUUUCCUCAUCCCUUUACCUUCCCCAUGAGUCCAUUUACCAUCUCACUGAAUUCCCACUCUCCUCACAUUGAACGCUGACACUACUAUCUGCAAACUUGACUCUAACAACUGUAUUGCAUAGCCUAUAAUUUCCAAUCCCAAUAUGCUGCCACUCCCGUACCAAACAUUUCAGUCGACUACCUCUCCUAAAGAAUGACCGAGUGAGAUAGCGCAGCGAUAAAACACUGGACUUGUAUGCGGGAGAACGGCAGUUUGUUUCCUCAUCUAACAUCCAGAUUUAGAUUUUCCGUGACUUCCCUAAAGCACUUAAAGUGAAUGCCAGGACGGUUCCUUUGACAGGGCAGUGCUGAUAUCCUUAGUCAGAGCUUGCGUUCCACCUCUAAUUACCUCAUUGUUGACAGGACUUCAAGUCAUAAUCUCUUCCCAGACAAUGAAACUCACUCCAGUAAUUAUCCACCCUACUAACUAAAACUCUUUCCCUCCUGCAGCAUACACUCAUCUCCUUCCCCUCCUCUUCCUCCCAGGUGUGGCUUCUCCUUUCCCCUUUGCUCUCCAUCCUCCCUAUCCCUUCCUGCUCACACUAUGGCACUGUCCACACACCAACUCCUACUCCCUUUCUGUCUCCCCACCAUCCACUCCAACACCUAUUCACAUCUCUGUCCACCUGAUCCCUCUGCUUAUACCCACAUCUGAAAACACUACAGAACACCUUACAUUCCCAUCCAUUAAACACAUUUCUCUAGUGGAGCUCCUUCAGUUUUAAUGAAAGCACAGUGCUUCUUUUUAAGAUCAGCAGCAAUCUGCCAAGUCUUUAAAUAUCUUUUUAUUGUAUCUCAUAGGUUUUGAAUCUAAAGCAAAAAUUGGGAAAGUUUACAGUGAAAUUUAUGGAUGUACCACUAUGCAAAUUCUUCUUUAAUUAAUUUUAAAAACAUUUGUAAAUAUUUCACUUGUGUAUGAUAUUGUUUCUUCUUUGUAUGUUUUUAAACUUUUUGGUUGGCGAAAGGCUUGAUGGCAGUGAAUUUGAUUUUACUGAUACUAUGCAACAAUGUCCCAGUUUAAUUUCUAGUUCACUGUUAAUAUUGAUUUGUAUCUGCCAGUUCUCCUCUGCAAGAUCAGUUUCACAACUGUUAUGUUCAUUUUCAGAUGUAAUUUUCAUUAUAUUGCUGAAAAUCUACUGUAAUCACUUCCUCAGAAAUCUUACUUCUGUACAAGAGAGUUUACCUUCCACUUUACAUAGUGGAGUCAUGAGACAGCAUAUCAAUACCAAAUGGGGGAAGCAGUAACAUCAUAACUUUUUCAUAUGAUUAUUUCACCAAAUGAUUUGUGAAGAUUCAAUAAAUCAUUUUAAUGUGACCACCUUUG